AUACAACUCACUCUCUACCUCUAUAAUCUUCCUACUUCCAGGUCAUUUCCCAAGCACACAGAGGACGACAAUGUCCAUGUUGAAGAUGGAAUGGUUCCUGGCUGUGACUAUGAACGGUGCGAACGUGUUGUCAUCAACGUAAGUGGACUGCGAUUUGAAACACAGUUAAGAACACUUGCCCAGUUUCCAGAUACUCUGCUGGGAAAUCCCAAGAAACGAAAUCGUUACUAUGACCCUCUCCGAAAUGAAUAUUUCUUUGAUCGGAACCGUCCAAGUUUCGAUGCAAUACUCUAUUAUUAUCAAAGUGGGGGUCGGUUACGAAAACCGGUAAAUGUACCUUUGGAUGUAUUUUCAGAGGAAAUUAAGUUUUAUGAACUUGGUGCUGAAGCAAUUGAAAAAUAUCGUGAUGAUGAAGGAUUUAUUAAAGAAGAGGAACGUCCACUUCCUGAAAAUGAAUUUCAACGUCGUGUAUGGCUUCUAUUUGAGUAUCCAGAGAGUUCUACAGCUGCACGUCUGAUAGCUAUAUUUUCUGUGGUAAUAAUUUUACUUUCUAUUGUGAUAUUUUGCCUUGAAACUUUGCCUGAAUUCAAACAUUACAGGCUUGUAAAUGAAACAAUCGAGGAAGAUGAUAUACCAAAAUUUGGAGAACCUUUUUUCAUUAUUGAAACAUGCUGCAUAAUAUGGUUCACAUCAGAACUUAUGGUGAGAUUUGCAUCUUGCCCUGAAAAAAUAGGAUUCUUUAAGAACAUAAUGAAUCUCAUUGAUAUUGUUGCUAUCAUUCCAUAUUUCAUUACAUUAGGUACAGUGAUUGCAGAUGAGAAUAAGAGCAACAACCAGGCAAUGUCUCUGGCUAUUCUUAGAGUUAUUAGAUUAGUUAGAGUUUUUCGUAUAUUUAAGCUUUCAAGACAUUCAAAAGGUUUACAAAUUCUUGGUCAGACAUUGAAAGCUAGUAUGAGAGAACUUGGCUUAUUAAUAUUCUUUUUAUUCAUUGGGGUCAUUUUAUUUUCUAGUGCUGUGUAUUUUGCUGAAGCUGAUGCUGAGCAGACACAUUUUAAAAGUAUUCCAGACGCCUUUUGGUGGGCUGUAGUCACCAUGACAACAGUUGGCUAUGGUGAUAUGCGGCCCAUUGGAGUAUGGGGUAAAUUGGUAGGGUCAUUGUGUGCCAUUGCUGGUGUAUUAACCAUAGCUUUACCUGUUCCUGUUAUUGUUUCCAAUUUUAAUUAUUUUUACCAUAGAGAGACAGAGAAUGAUGAUAAAGACAAAUAUCACCAUGUUACAUCUGCAAUAAACUAUCCAGAAAAAAGGAGUUCAUAUACUUCUGAAAAUGGAUCUGAUAUUAUGGAGAUGGAAGAGGGUAGUGUCAUUAAUGAAAGAAUCAAAGAAAACCAUGCUACCAAAAUUAACAAUCCCACUAACCUAAAUAUGAAUAAUCUCAGUAUUGAAACUGAUGUAUGAAACCUGCCUCUUAUCAAGGAAAGCUUCCCUUACCAUUUGCUUUAUUGUUGAUAUUAUUACCUUCAAAUUGGUUACUGUUUAGUAAUAAUAAUAAAAGUAAUGAUAAUAAUAAUAAUAAUUAUUAUUAUUAUUAAAAGCAUUUUCUUGCCAUCACAACUUCUGAAGAAAUAGUCUCCAAAAGUACAGUUGAUUUUAUUGCUGAUUGAGGAUAAAACAAAUAAGUGGAUCUUUAAUGUUUUUAAUUUAUUUUCUUCUAUUUUUGUGUAGGUUAAAACACCUUAAAGUAUCUCUUUAUCUUUCCAAAUUUUAAAUUUUGUAAAUUUUAUUAUUAUUAUUAUUAUUAUUAUUAUUAUUAUUAUUAUUAUUAUUUAUUAUUAUUAUUUAUUAUUAUUUAUUAUUAUUAUUAUUAUUUAUUACUAUUAUUAUUUAUUAUUAUUAUUGCUUAUUUUACUCUUAGAAAGAAGCAAAAAUAUUUUAAAGUUUAAUCUGUAAACCAAUCAAUAUUAAAAAUAUUAAAAAAGUCCACUAAAAGAAACUUUUAUUCAAUGUCAUAUGAAAGUGUGAAGGUAUCUUGGAAAUAUAGUCGAUAUUGCCACUGCCAAAGCAAAUGUUAUGCGAGACUGAUAUCAAGAGCUUUUCUGCGGAAUUCCACUUCCUGAUUUUUAGGACAUCACAAAGGAAACUUUGUAAUUAUACUUUUCUUAAUGAAAUUCAGAGGAAAGAUUUACCUUAUACAUCAGCCAUGUGGAUGACUACAUUACAUAACUGAAGUUCAGUGUAAUUUUGCACUAAUGACAACGGUUACAGUUUCAAUACUGGUAAGUACUAUUGUUAUUUCCUCUUCUCACCUCCCUUUUUUCCUCUUAUGUUGUAUUGUUUUUACUUAGUUUCAAAAUCACUGAAUAGUACAUUAUUCAGUAAAUUGAUUUGGUAUGUAUAAUUUAGGGCUUUCUUCCCUGCAGAUUUAUAAUACUGUGUAAUAGUUGUUUCGCAAUUUCA